AUGGCGCGCAAGUACUUGGGCCUCCAAGGUGAGGCGUUGCAGAUCGCCAUCGGUGUUAUCGCCGGCAUGGACUUUUUGCUCUUCGGUUACGAUCAGGGUGUUACCGGAGGUCUCUUGACCCUGAAUUCCUUCAUCAAGUAUUUCCCAACGAUUGCUACGAGCGGUACCUACUACGAUAGUUUGAGCGCAGGUGAAGCGAAUAGCCAAUCCACUCGUCAAGGCAUGUCACUCCAAGCCUGA